CAGGAUGUCCAGUUUAGCCAGUUUGUUUCUGUAGCUCUCAGCUCACCAAGUCGGGAAGUUGCAAUAUUUACAACCGACAGCUGAAUCUAGAAGAAACAAUGCGGGGCGACGGAUGUUUGGAAAUACACGUUAACAUGUCAGGAUUCCUCAUUCGUGAAUUUUAGGAGCCGGGCAGCUACCGAAGCUAGUUAGCUUAGCUCUGCUAACGUUAUCGAGGCCAGAGGCUGUUAGCGUCUCUGUUAAGUUAACGUGGAUGUUUGGCAGCGAGCUGAACUGGUACCAGUACAGGGACGUGUCUUAAACCAGCCGUAACUGUUAACGAGCAGCUGCAGGCCGGGGCAUGUGAUUUAAUCUGACGAGCACGCUUAAAAGUGCCAGUUAAAGUCCAGUUGGAGGUUGAUGUUUUAGCUUAGCAGAAGAUUAGCCGAAGAGAAAAGUGCAGCAGUCAUGGACGAUUUUAGCUCGAUCAGCCUGCUGUCUCUGGCGAUGUUGGUGGGAUGUUAUGUGGCCGGGACUAUUCCUUUAGCAGUCAACUUCUCUGAGGAAAAGCUGAAGUUGAUCACGGUGCUGGGAGCAGGGCUACUGUGUGGGACUGCGCUGGCUGUUAUCAUUCCUGAGGGGGUCCACGCACUUUAUGAAGAAAUCCUUGAAGGUGGACACCACAGCCACGGCCAAGCCGGCGUUGUGGAAGUGUCCGAGGCGAAGGGUGAAGCAGACGCAGCUCUGAGCGCCAGUGGGAAACACGAGCACAGUCACGAGCAGCUUCAUGCCUGCAUCGGAGUGUCUCUGGUCCUGGGCUUCGUCUUCAUGCUGCUGGUGGACCAGAUAGGCAGCUCUCAUGUGCACAGCACUGAAGAUCCAGAAUCAGCAAGGGUCACUUCCUCGAAAAUCACCACCACACUGGGUCUGGUGGUCCACGCUGCAGCUGACGGCGUGGCACUAGGAGCUGCUGCAUCCACCUCUCAGACCAGCGUUCAGCUCAUUGUAUUUGUAGCUAUCAUGCUGCAUAAGGCCCCAGCAGCGUUCGGCCUGGUGUCGUUCCUGAUGCAUGCUGGUCUCGAGAGGAACCGCAUCCGCAAACAUCUCCUGGUCUUUGCCCUGGCAGCUCCUGUCCUCGCCAUGCUCACCUUUUUAGGCCUCAGUCAGAGCAGCAAAGAGGCCCUGUCAGACAUCAACGCCACCGGCGUCGCCAUGCUCUUCUCUGCCGGCACCUUCCUCUACGUGGCCACCGUACACGUCCUCCCCGAGGUCGGCGGUGGGGGACACAGCCACGCUCCUUCAGGAGGGAACGGAGGAAAAGGACUGAGCAAGGUGGAGGUGGGAGCUCUGGUGCUGGGAUGCCUCAUUCCUCUGGUGUUGUCUGUCGGUCACCACCAUUAGAGCUAUGGACGGGUUUAAAACGGGUGUACAGGGCGAAAACACGGAGACACAGACUUCAAACAUUGUGGAUCUAAAUGUCUUAUUGCUUGUGUCUGCGGAUGGACCUCUGUGAGCAGACUGGGGCUCGUUGUGGGGACGUCCUAUGACUCGAGCUUGAAACAGGAUGAAUGGUGUAGGGGAAUCAGAGUGGCUGCAGUGACGUCCGAGGAGGAUGUUUUUUUUCUGAAACAUCUUACAGCUACUGUAUGUGUCCAUAUAUUCCACCAGAAAUCUUUUUUUAUCAGAGAGACCAGACGCGUGGACCCUUUAGUUUACUUCGAUCACCGUGGAGUUUUCAGUGUUGCAUCAUCGUGCUUGUCCAAAGUCAAAGAACCCAGAUAUGAUUACAGUGACGUUUUCACUAGAUGGCAGUUGCACAGUGAGAUUUGAUGAUAUUGAGAAAGCUCUUUUUUGUAUAAUUGUACAGUGUAAAUCUCUUCCCAAUUAAUUUUGAGCUGAUUUUCAAGUGCCAUACUCGCAAGUCGAAACCAGAACAGACGGCGCCAUGAGGACGUUGCAGUUUGUAGUAAACGUUCCCAACUUAUUUUCUUACAAUCGGAGAGUUUUUUUGUCGCAGCCAACGAUGAAGCUGAAUGAGACAUCAGCCCGAAUAACCAGCCACAUGCUCGCAACAUUUUUUUGCUGUGGCUCGUGACUUUGGGGAAAUCAGCAAGAAGUCUUUUUGCUCUGAUAGGAAGCGUGUCUCUCCUUUAAAACCCAUACACAAAUGUCCACAAACUAGUCCGGUCAAACUCCUCAUACAGAGAAGACACAAGCCGCCUUGAUGCGUCACAACAUGAACUGUCACUUUAAUUUUCUGUUUCGUUUCUGAACGCGUUAAUUUCUGAGUAAUUAUAAAUAGAGGUUGGAGGAAACGGUGUGUGUAGAGUCGUCUUAAGUGAUUGUAUAGAGCGUUAUUAUUCAGAGGUGGAGGUCUGAGUGGUUUGCCUUGCUGAGGGCAUCAGCUGGAUAAAAAAAAAAGUUUCGGGACCAUCGGCUCAGGAGAGCAGACAUGUUACAGGACGAGUGAGAAGAAUUUUGAACAAAACUUUUUUUUUUUUGUAGUUGGUUUACUCCUUAAUCAUACCUGAGCAAUAAUCAUACACAGGAAAUCGGGGCGCCUCUCUCAGGAGUGCAGCAGAGUCUUCGCAGCACUCAUGCAGCCCUGACGUCCCCCCCGUCUCUGCACCAUUAAAAGAGGAACCGAUUGAAGCGUUAAAACGUCAGCAGGCUGCUCCGUCGCCCAUCAGGACAGGUGGAUAUAGUGAGCGUAUCACUGUGCCUGCUCACAGCAGAGCUCGUGUAUGUAUAUGUAUGUACUGUACAGAGUAACUUCCUUUCCACCAACGUCAUGAUCUCUUGUGUGAGAUGGAACUGCUGACUCACAAAUACAAUUUUUUUUUGUUGUUUUUGGACAUGGAUGAGCUGUUCUGACUCAAGAGGCUACAGACUGUCUGAGGAGUCUCUGUUUUAUGUAUAAAUCAAACGGUUUUACAACACGUCAGUUGAUUUUAAAGUCUGUAUGAGGAGAACAAACCCGACGUGAUGUUUUGGAGAGAACGGGUUGGGUCGCAUGCAGACCAGCAGCUGCAUGACUGUUUUAUUUUUUAUGGGGACGCUGUAUGUAUGGACAAAAGGGAACCCCCCACCCCCCCACCCCACUGUGUCUCUUUACACUCGGUCAUGUUUGAGGACAGACAGAGCCCCUCUAUGUGCCAGUUCAUCAGAAUCCCUGCAGAAAUUUGGCAUUUUUUGUUAUCACAAAAGAUGAUUGAAGUUAAAUUAUUUUACUGGUAUGAGUUUUAAGGUCUGUGGUUUGUGGUUUGUUGUGGUAAGCCGGUCCAGCUGCACGUGCAUGUUAGUGCAUGUGUGAUUCACACUGGCCAGCUCAUCGCCGCCACUUCGCACUGCGGUCGUACAGCUGUAACUGCAUAUAACGCAGCAUUGUCAACACAGUUAGCUCUGUUAGCACUGUUGCAAUUACUAGCUUUAAGGAGUUAGCACUGUUAGCCGCUAUCCGUCAAAUCGACCCCCACCAUGUUGAGAUCCACGUGCAUCGACUCAUAUGUUCUAAAUUUUGCAAAAUUGUAAAAAAAAAAAUGUCACAAGUUUCCAGAGUCCAAUGUGACAUCUUCAAAUGUCUUACAUUUUUCAGCCCCAUCACAUAUUCACUUUAAUAUCACAGCAGAUGAAGAAAACCAGAAAAUAUUCACCUUUCACAUUUGAGAAGCUGGAACCCCCAAAUCUUUGUCAGGAAAAAUUGCUUUAGCAAUUAAUUGAUUAUCAAACUUGUUGCAGAUACAUUUUCUGUUGAUCGAUAAAUAAUUGAAGCUCUGUUUGUGUUAGACAAAAUGCAUUUAUUUGGGAAUAAGCCUGCCUUCAAAGCCCCUAAAAACAUUAUUUAAAAUAAAAAUAAAAGUAUUUCUUUAAAUAUUUAUGGCUAAAUAAGCAACAGAGUCAAAUUUUGGGUAUUAUUAAUUAAGAGCUUAACAAGCAGAACUUUUAACUUUGGCAGAAAAUAGUGUGUUUAUAUUGGAUGUCAUCUUUCAUUGUGAGAAGCUGAUUGAGAAAAUAUGUUUUUUAAAGUCUUUAGAGUCGGUGCAUGUUGGUCACAUUACUUCUUUCACAGAGGAGAAUGAAAGUGACAGGUUAACUGGUAUUGCAGGUUGAUAAAUAAUGCAAAUUUAAGUCAAAAUGUAGGUUUUGCAAGUCAUUUUGUAUAAACAGUUUACCAACAUUUGAGAAAGACUCUGGUCUCAUGCUGCCGUCCUCUGAAAAUCUAAUCAAUGCUUUUGAUUUCUCCAAUUUCUCUAUGAUUUACAGAGGCUGCAGCAAACAAUUUUCAUUAUCAGUCUGCUGUUUUCUUAAUUCAUCAUUUCUCAAUAAAAUGUCAAUAAAUAGUGAAACAUGCCCUGUGUAACACCCCAGAGCCCAAGGCGACGACUUCAUAUGGUUUGUUUUAUCCGCCACAGUCUAAAAAUCCCCAAGUUAUUCAGUUUCUUUUUAUAUUUGAUAAAGAAAAGCAUGAAAUUCUCAUAUUUCCAGUGUAUGAAACCAGGAAAUAUUUAACUUUUUUUACUUGAAAGAUGAUAAAAUCAAUUAUUCUGUGAUCAAAUAGUUGCCUAUUAAUUUUCAGUCGACUUAGUAAUUAAUCGGUUAAUUGUUGCAGCUGUAUCAGUUAAUUUUCCUCCUCUCCAUGCUGGCAGUGAAAAGAUCCCUUUGUGAUGUAAUUCCAGUGUAAAUUAUUGGGGACAUUUUAAAAUUUAGAGUUAGACAAAUCACGUUUGCAUCUUCAAAAGUUUGUCUUUUUUGCACAAAAACGCAUCGUCACAACACUAGAAAAAAACAUUUCUUGAGCUUAUUUAAAGUUUCGGAGAUGCUUGUUUUUCGCAGAACAUCAGCAGGGUUAUACUGUGUAGUUUACGAUGAAUAAUGUUCAUGUUAAGUCUAGUUGUUGAGCAUCUCAUGUUACUGAUAUCAGUUAAAUAAGUUUAUUAUUGAAUGAAUGUGAAGCUUCUUUACAUCACAAACAGCCAAAACACUCAACGUAGUGGAGUCUGUGGUGUCCGUUUGAUGAUCAUUUUGAAAUGCAAUAACUUCUUUUGUAUUUAAUCACUUUUUGAGAGUGUCUGCACUUUACAUACAUGCUUAUAAAUUGAGAAAAUAAAAAUUGCAGAAACCCUUAAAACUGCCAGAUCUCUGCAGGGGGAGUCUGAUGAAGAAGCCGACGGCACAUAUCGGGGCUGAUUUGAGGUUUCAGUCGUGAUCAGAGAAUUUUAGGAUGAAGUUAAUAUUUGUAAUAGUUUCAGUGGGGGUCAGUCUGUCUUUUCUUAUUUUUAUUUUCUGUCAUUCCAGGAUGAGUCUGCCUUAUUUCCAUACUUUUGAUUGUGAAAAUCGGUUGUAAAGCAAUGUGUUUUAUGACGACUAAAUUAAAGUUUUUUAACUGGUGAAAA